AUGAUGACCUCAAAUGAUCAGCUACGCAAUGUCAAGGGGAUGUCGCCCACCACCGCCCCCGUCAUAGAGGAGGAGAAAGCAGAGAUGCAGACUCCGGCUGACACGAAGCAGCCGCAAGAUCAAGAGAUAGAAGAUCCAGGAGAGAGCCUGGAUGGCUGUAGCUCAGAUGGUUGCGACGAUGACAAGUCGUGUCGCGACGAGGAGGACUACUAUGCUUUUCUCCGUGAGAUGGCGGGCUCUUUCGAGGCGACCUAUGACGACGAGGAGACACUCGAAUGCAUCUUGAGCGGUUGCCAUGUCUACUACCGUUUCGCGCACAAGAGCCAAGUGCUUGAGAAGAUCGAGUUCUACGGGAAAGAGAUAGCCAUCGGCGACCUGAGGCACACGAUAGCGGAGAAGCAGAAGCUACCCAAGGUGGAUUUGCAGAUUCUCAACGAAUCUACCGGGGAGGUGUACACUCGCGAUGGUCAUCUGCUGCGGCCCAAUGUGAUUGUCACGGUACGCCGGACACCGAUCCAAACACAGAAGAAGCCGGCUGUCCUCAACUUAGAAGGAGCUGACAUACUCAGUCGCGUGAAGCGAGCCAAGAUUGCCCCGCAGCCUAAGCCGGAGCCGGUGCCAGAAGAGAAAGCUCCUUGCCCGCCGGAGUACUUGUGCUCCUUGUGCACGGGGCUCUUCGAGCCUUGGCCGGAUCUCCACGGCAAAGAGCGGAAGAUCAGAAGUUGCGAUCUCAGCAUGUCGAGCUUUCGGCAAGAUUUUGGAGAUCUCAAGCCGCAAGCCGAUGUGAGGCCCCUGCCCAACCCACGGCUGGCGGACAUCAUCGCCUCCCUGAAUUUGGAUUUCUUCGAGCUUCCAGCCGUGACAGCAGCGGGCUAA